GUUGACAUUCUUUUUUUCUCGCGCGGGCCUCGCCGAGCCGCGCCACUCCAUGCGCUGCGUUCCAAAUCCACAGACUAUGAUAUGACCCGCAUUCGGACAGUCGUUGUUCAGCGUGUAGAUUUCUCUUCUCUUUAUUGAACUUACCCUGCUGUUUGAAUUUUAUUCGCAGUACCUGAUAUGAGUAGCUAGCAAUUCUUUUUUUCGAGGUACUUUUUUUUUUUCUACGACGCGCUUUUACGAUGCCUACACCUUGCGCGUUUCUGCAGAAGGGUUAGCGGCGGGUUGGGUCCCUUCUUCCGCGUUUCUUGCAGCGAACAGGUGAAUUGAGGCGUCAGUCGAGUGCGAUGUGCGACAAGGCCGAGCAGGACCCGGAAGCGACUGUACUGACCAGCAACCCGGCCUCAGAGACCGACGAGCGCCAGAACUCCUAUCCGGAGUCUGUGGACACCCUAGGCUCGUCACCAGUGGCGUCAGAGAGAACGAACAGUCCAAACACAGCGAGCAGUUGCAACAGCGCAAGUUCUUCCAAUCCAAGCGCAGUAAGCGAGAAACCGCAGUUUUACAUCGAGGUGGACGCCAGUUCUAUGGUCAACUUGAAAGCCGGAACCCAGUACACAUUGGUACCCUUGGAUUCGGAUCAGGCGACGGCGGCUGCCAUACCACCCUCUGGCUCCAUCGCUCAGACGCUUGCUUGGGGCCGUACACUAGACGGACGAUUGCCUGGUGAAGAGCCAACCGGAAACCCUAGAGUCGUCUCGAAGGAGGAGCUGACCAGUGACGCGUUCGGCCUGGACCAGGGCAUGAUGAGUUCUUUCGACGGGCCUACAGUGGCGGCUGGCAAGACCGAGGAGCCAGACACCACGCUCGACGCGGAGUUCGAGGGCUCCGAAGACAAGAUGACGUACACACCCCUCAUGACCGUCUCUCAACAACAGCAACAGCAGCAGCAGCAACAGCAACCACAGACGCAUGACGCAACCGCUGCAGCAGCUGCUGCCGCACAGAUGUGCUCGGUGAAGAAAACGGUAGUUAAGACGGUGGCAACGCGUUCUCCGUGUGUGCGUGCUUGCGCGCAGCAACACGUCACCAGCGGCUACGACGCUGCCGCGCUGCGCUACCGACACCCGACGUCGCCCGUGUACGUGGCACCACCGCAGCACACGCUCCAGCACCAGACGGCGACGCCCUUCCUGGUGCACCCUAGGGCCAGCUGGGCCCCUUUCACGGGCACCUCGACUCCACAGGUAUGGAAUAGGCGACGCCUAGUGCGCACCUGUACGAUCCAUGUGACACCACUGCAGGGAUGUCCUCUUUGCCCUCACCAAGUCACUUGCUGCUGGCGUACUGAUUGUGGAUACCCUGGAGGAGCCAACAUCAGCAGCCCGUGCGAGGCCCUACAGACUCGGGCUUACCUCCCCAUGACGUCGGCCGGUCACUCCGGCACGGCGGCCGGCGCGGCAGCCGGUCUCGCCGGCGGUGCCAGCAGCAGCAGUGCUACAGCGACGGCCGCCGACAGCGGCCUGCACGCCACACUGGGAGCGGACGAGGUGACCUCGGCCGGUGACUUCAGUCGUGGUGCGGCCGGAGAUGCCGCGGGCGGCGACAUCAUGGGUGGCGUGACCACUCGCGUGGCCAACAUGGGACAGAUCCAGCACAUGGUUGGCCCGCUGGACAACGUACCGUACUACAUGCCUUUCAACGGCCGCGAGAACCACAACGAGAAGGAGCGAAAAAGGAGGACUCGCAUCAAGAAUGCCUGCCAGACCCUACGGUCGCUUGUGCCCGGCUUGAGUGAGAAGACGGACAAGGCGACAGUGUUCGAAUUCACCGUGCAAUACCUGCUGCACCUGCGCAGGCACCUGGGAACCAAGCAUGACAAGUCAAUUUCCCAGGAGUUCAUGGAGAAGUACUCACCCUAUUAGGAAAGCCGAGGUUUCGCGCGUGAUACAAGGGCAAGCAGUCCAAGCUAUGAGCCAGAUGUACAGGAGGGUGAUGCGCAUCUCUAUACAUCCGUAACACCUUCAACGACUUGCUCACCCGGCGUGAAUGCGCAGAGAAGCUCCCGUGUUUGUGCCUUCGGACUGCAGGCUCAAGGUCAACGGUGGUUCGACUGUUACGCUGCUCAACUUGUGCAGAAGUUGUGACUUUUUUAAAGUUUUCUUUUAAGCCCUGUGCUAUUCCAUGUCCACAUUUUUUUUUUCUUGGAUAAAGCGUAAGGCGUGGUGAUCACAAGGCUCAGUGUUGUACCUACAGUAAAAAGUUUAUCCAUGUG